GAAUGUUAUGUGUGACACUUUGAAAAGAAAACAGCAAAAAAACUGAAUACCCUGAUUUGACUUUCAACAGAACAGUCAGAGAUGCAAACGCUUGGAAUGUAGCUGCUACAGGGAUUCAGAAUUGUUUUCUAUGCAGCAGAAUCCUCUGUUUUAGGAGAGAGGCUGUUUAUGAAAUCCAAUCCAGAGACUCUUGCUUCUGUUUGCCCUGCAGGUGAUUGGGAAGCAGCUUGGCAGCAAAGGUCGGGAAGAGUGAGAAGCAUUAGAGCAUAUGGAUUCUCCUCCCCCCCCUUUUUUUAAACCUAGAAGAGAAACCUUUACCAAACAGAUAGAGUAAAAAAAUAUCUACACAUUUUGAGCAGCCUGGUUUUCUCCACAUGAGCAAAUAACCGGGCAUCUUUUAAACUGAAUAGCAUAACUCUGAUUUCAGCAAAGAUGUUCUGUUUGUGACUUUAGCAUGCAAUGCCCUGCCUACAGCGUUGAGUCCUGUGCACAAAGAAAAAAAACCCUGCACAUGCAGUUCCCUUUGUAGAAUUGUGUCAGCUGUGACAAUGCCUUUUGGGAGGCACCAAAUACAAAGCGGUAUCUCAGUGGGACUUACUAUUCAGAAGUAAGGAUUGGAAGGUUCGGUUGCAGUUUUGUGCACGUUUACUUGGGAGUAGCUCCUAUUGAACUCAGUGCAACUGUCUUCCAAGUAGAUGUGUGCCUAAGAUUUGGCAGAAUUAGCUACAGUAAUUGUUUGGGGGGGGGGACACACCACUUGGGCUACCCCCUCGCACAGAAUUUCUUUGGCCUGGUUUUACAUAUAAGGAAGAGUACAAAUGGCACCACUCCAAAAUAUCAACUUAAGUUUCUUUUAAAAUUAGAAAAACAAAAACGCCCUGCAAGUAGAAAGCUAGUUGAGUUGGUGCCAUGUGGCCUCCAUUUUCGAACAUGUGAUGCGGAGUAAGCAGUUAUGGGGGACUAACCUAGUAGCUUUGUGGGUUUGUUGGUGCCAGGACCCCCCCCCCCAAAAAAAGUGACAUAGUGACAUCAUUCUGUGGUGAAAAUGCUGUAAGUGACCCCCCCAAAGGCAGCAUUUUUGCCUAAGAGCUUGCUCAAGCCUGGCACCAACCCUGACCCAAGUUUGCCUCUCAAGUUUCGUAAAAAAUUGUUGUCGGCAUCCAUUUGUCUCCGGAGACUGUGGAAGAGUGCGCCUUUAGGGGUAGAGUCAAACUGUUGGAAGGUUGCAGCGCCUGCUGUGGCUGUAGAGUCUGAUAUGGGAGACAGGGAGAGACAUGUUUUGUUGCAGCUGGGGCAGAUGAAGGCGUCCGGUUGUGCUGCUGCAGAUGCACCAUGGUGUUUCUUCAGAGAGAGGUUUCUUCAUAAUGUGCUAGUUUUAUGCUUAGGAGAAUUCCUUUUUUAUAUAUAUAUAUAAAAGCAUGCUUUUGAAAAUGCAUCUACCUCAUUAUGCCUUCCAUUUCACAGAAGCUGUCUCCCUGGUUGCAAGCAGACAAAAUUGCUCUUUGCAAGCCAGACUUCGGUUAUGGUGUGGGAGUGGAACAUGGAAAUGGGAGAACUCUGACUAACUUCUUUGGUUAGAUUGCUCAGCUUCUGCUUUUGUUUUGAUUCAGGGGUAAAGAAGCAAAUUCUAGACAUUUGGGCUACAAAUAUCAGCAUGCUAUCUCAGUGCUUUGAUACAGCCUGCAGUGUUCACAUACUGAAUUGGAUUCUAGUUUCCCCCUCUCCUUCCCACAAUCUUACUUGAGUAAAAUCAAUCAUACUGUCCAGAAAUCGUAGAAACCUGGAAUCAAAUAACAGUGUAUAGCAACCCAAAAAUAUUAAACAUUAAAUUAAAAUGGAAAACUUGAUAUUUAAAGUGACCCUGGUGAAGGGGAGAGGGUCACAGUUUGCAACUGAAGGGAGUGAUUUUCCAAAGUAAAAUGCCACCCAGUUUAGUUAUCAGCUCUUUUUGUCAUUAUGUAGUCUUGAGCAGUGAAAUCAUUUCAUAUGUGAAAGUGCAAUUUGGGAACAUUGCUCACUGUCCACCUCCAAGGCAUCCUUUUUUAAAAAAAGGCUGAAACUCAUAUUGAAGGUUGCAUGAAUUAUGUCAUUUAUCGAUGCAGAUUUUGAAUUAAAUGUUAACCUGAUGCAAAUGUUGGGAAAUUAUUUGUAGUGCAUGGCAAGUUUCCCCCACAGCUGAAUCUGUCUACUACUACUUCUUCUUUUAAUGGAACAUGCCCUAUUGAUGUCUAAUGACUGGCAGGUGGGUUGUCCCACCUACCUGUCAAAGUGGGUCCACUAGAGUUGGGGGAGACGGGAUACAUACACAUACUGCCCAAGCAGGAUUGAACUCCCCAAACAACGGCUGAUGUACAAGCAUUCUGUUUUCCACCAGAUUUGGUUGUGUCAGCCAGUUCCCAUGGCCAUGACAAUUGGGGCACGUGGGCACGAUUUCAGGAAAAUUGGCUUGUGUGCCAAAUUUUGGGGAGAACAGUUCUGGAGGUUCAUAUUUGGUCUGUAGGCUGGAGGUGCCCCAUCCCCGAAUUACACUUUUGUUCCAGCUAUUCUUACCACGGAAUUGUCCCCCCCCAAUCUUCUCACUAGAUUUCUUUCACCCAUCACAUGCAGUUAUGUAGGAGCUACUGCUUUUUUUCUGCAUAGGGGUGUUGUGUGUACCUUUUGACUACAGCCAUUUGUGUCCCAAAGUAGCUCAUUUUUUUUACUACAUUUCCCAUCAUCCCUGACCACUGGUCCUGCUAGCUAGAGAUGAUGGGAGUUGUAGUCCAAAAAACAGCUGGAGACCCAUGUUUGGGAAACAAUGACCUAUAUUGUAAUUUUACUCUCUAUAUAUCGGGAAUAUUUAUUCUGGGCUGCUUCUAAAGGUUAUUAUUGACUGCGUAGGAGGAUUUCCACAGGUUUGUUUCGUAAGCCUCUGGCCGUUUUCUCCAAAGCUUAGUAUUCAUUGUACGUCGGGAUUUGCACUUCGUAAAGGCCACUUCUACAACCGAUGUUAGAAACUGAGAUAUGACGGCUAGGAGCUAAAUGGCACCUUAAACCUAGGUUAUGAGCACAACAAUGGAAUUUCUAGGCAUGUUUCCCCCCCCCUUUUUUUUUUUAAGAAAACAAGAAUACAAAGCUGAAAAUGAAUGAACUGAAGCUAAAAUCUUAUGUUCUUUUUUACACAUGGUCUAGUCAUCAUCUGAAGACUGCAAAAAACAAAGCCAUGCUUCCCCUGUUCACCCCCCUAAUACUUUUAAGAGGAUCUCUUCUCCAGUCUUCAGAGAGUGGCGAAGCAGAAAAAAUGUCCUCUUUCCUUCCACUGCACAGUUUUAAUCUGAAAUCUUAGGUGCGGAACUGCGCUCAGAGCUCGGAAAUGGCUCGUGCUAAUGAAAUUCCCUGUCACAAAAAACACCUAGAACAAUAGGAGUUUUGAACACUGUCUACACAGCAUAGGUGGAACACAGAAAGCUGCCUUAUGCUUGGUUUGCAUGGGAUGAAGUAUCACCACUUGGUUGGAAGCCUCAAUUACCCCUUUAACAGAUAGUUACACAUGAGCUACUGUGGGGCACAAAUGUCUGUAUCUAGACUGUUGCAUUGGUACACAACACUGUGGUCCCUUUUCAUUGCCUUCCUGGCCAGUGUUAGAAAUUCAGAUAUACCUAUAAGCUAGGAGCCAAAACCAAGGUUGCAGUUGUCUAAAAGGAAUGUCUAGUUGCCAUUUUGGGGCAAGACUGCUCUAAAGUCUUAUUUUUCAAAGGAUGGACUGACUUUGGUUGAUUCUCAGUUAAAUAUCUGACUAGUUCAGAUGACAACCUAGAGCAGGCACCCCCAAACUUUGGCCCUCCAGAUGUUUUGGACUACAAUUCCCAUCUUCCCCAACCACUGGUCCUCUUAGCUAGGGAUCAUGGGAAUUGUAGGCCAAAACAUCGGGAGGGCCGCAGUUUGGGGAUUCCUGACCUAGAGCAAGGCUAAGAGCUUUGAGAACUUAAAGGGAAAAAAGUCACUUGAUCCAGGGACAAUCCACACACACACACACACACACACACACACACACACACACACACACUGGCCUAUUCCGACCUCUUUUUCUUAAUGGUGACUGCUCCUGCUCAGGCUGCACAUAAAACGGAAUUUGCUUCCAGAAAUUCAUUCCAAUUGUGCAGAUAAAAUAUAACUGAUAGAAUUCUACAGGAUGGGGUAUGAUCGUGUGAAAAUGGUCUGGAUCCAACGAUCCCCAGAUGGUGGAGAUGUCAGGCGCCAUCAUGGCACACAGGUAUCUUCACUUGGUUGCAAGUGGUUGAAAGCUAGGUGCAAAAGGCGCUUGGCGCCUGGCUAAUUUCGAACGCUGCGAGCAUGUUGCAGCAUAUAGAGGACAUCAGCGUGGGUGGGCUCCAAACUGCAGCUGCAAAAAGCAGACAGGAUCUCCAGGUGGUUUCUAAAGUAGAACUCUGUGUGUGUGUGUGUGUGUGUGUGUGUGUGUGUGUGUAUUGUACUUAGCUUCAUUUUGUGUGUGACUGCCGUACAAGCAGAGAAUCUGCUGUUCAGGGCAUCCACCCACACUCGGGGAAUCUUACUCGAAUCUAUACAGCAAGUAAGGACAGGGAAGAAAGAGAGGUUGAAAACAGCUGAGAGGUUUUAGAAGCCAGAUUUUUAGGUUCAGUUGGAAAUGGUUGGGAGGUAAAUUCAAAACUCUACAAAGUGUCUUGAGUCCUCCUAUUGCCACUGUUUCCAGGGCUGUGCAUAUUGCAUUUAAUUAAAAAAAAGUGUGCCUGUGAAAUAGCCAUUGAAAGGCAGGGGAUAUACACACACACACACACACACACACACACACACACACACACACGUGUACCGGUACCUGUCAACAUUUUUUGCAAAAAGAAAAGCUGAAAUUCCAUUGCAGUCCUGUAUACAAUCAGAGAAAAUGUUGCUGCAUUCAGUGGGGCCUUUUCUCCAUUAAGCAUGCAUAGGGUUACAACUUUAGUGACCUUUGUAAACUAACCAGUUUUAAGCAAAUUUCCCAGCCCCUGAUAACAGGAAAUUUCUCCUCCCCGUCUCCUUCUCACUCAGUGUUGUUUUUCCCCUCUCCUUUUCAUAUUUGCAUUUUGUGACCUUCUUAAAACUAUUCGGGGACAGGCAGAUUUCCCAGCUCCUGAUAACCAGGAAUCUGCCCCCUACCUCUGUUCUUGAGAUGUCGGGAGGCAUUGCAUAUGCUUUUAAACUUUUAUUUUCACAAUAUUGAGGUCUAGAGACUUGCUUUCCAUGUAUACUAAUUUCUGGGUUUGUCCAGUAUAUACUUGAGGACCUUAUACAACAGUAGUUUUCUCCCUGAGUGUCCUAUUUUGUUUGUUUUCCUUUCCCCAAAUCCUUCCUGGGAAAAUAUAUUGAACUAACAAUUAAAUUUUGAAUUAUUUUGUUUAAUUUCAGUUCUUCACAUAGCAGAAUUUGAUUAGUUAGUGUUCAGAAUUUGAAAUGUGAAAGCCGGGGGGGGGGGGAGAGACCUUUCUCCCUCAUUAUUUUUUUGCACUUUCCUUGCACAACAUGUAUCUGCAUCUCUUUAUCCAGACAAACAGGACUACACAAACAUAUUUUAUUUUCUCGCAUCAAAUGUCUUAAGUUCUCAGGAAUCUGGGAUUUCCCCCAGCCAUGUGGACAAAAUCUGUAUGAAUGCUACAAGCACCAAAAAGUGCGCGUCCAACAGGGUAUUUAAAAUGUAUGAAAACUAAGAACCCCAGAAACUGUAGAACACCCACAAUUCUCAGCACCCACAACUAACCACAGUUCCCAGGAUUAUUUGGGAGAAGUCAUGUGCUUUUAAUGUAAUGGUGUGAUAUAAGGCGUAAGUCUCCCAACAAUUGCAAGGAGAGCCCUGUGCACAAGAGGGGGCAGAUUUUUGCAUGUCUAGUCCACCCCACCAGCCCAACAUCAGUAUCUUUGUUAAAAAAACAACACCCCUGCUUUUGGGGAGAUGUGAAUGACAGAAAAAAACGGGAAAUGGAUGGUGCUUAUUAUCUUGAACAAGUCAAAGUAGCUCUAGCUGCAAAGGAUCAGAAAGGGCCACUUUCAGUAACACCAGGGCAUACAAUGUUUGAAUUGUGCUUUACAUAUUAACCUGUGCGCUCCGUUUAAAGUUUUGUUGAGGUUUUGUUUUGUUAGACUGCUGGCUCCAGGUGAGGACGAGCUGCUGAACUGGUUUUUGCUGCGAGUGCUGGGCUGCCUAGAGGGUGCGUGACUUAGCUGGCUUGCACCAGUAUGGUUCCCCCCCCCAUCCCUGCAUCACCCCUGAGCCUUGAGACAUAAUACAUUGGCUAAAUUACUACACAAAAGCUGCAGCCAGCCAUAUAGGCCUCAUGGGGGAGGCUGCGGUGGGUGGGAGAACAGUUGGUUAAUGCAUUCUAGUAUUACUUUUAGAUUACUGCUAUAAUCUAAACUAUAAUCAUAGGAACACAGAGUUGACCUAGAUGGGUGUUUUCCAGACUUCUUCGUUCCCGUAUUGUGUGUUGCAGAGGACUCUGGGAAAACGCACAGGGGUUCAUAUUGGGCCUCCCCUCUGCUCCACAUAAAUUGAGUUAAAAUUUAUUCCAGAUACGGUAACUUCGAACAUUCCUCUGCAGCUCUGCUGUUUUUACAGGUUUUGUGCUUUGCUGCAGGUAUUGGUGGGGAGGGGUGAGUCAUCGGCAGCCUGGAAAGAUAAAGGUGUUGUGUGACCUUCUUUGGGUGAUAAUCAGGUUUAUCUUUUAGAUAGCACCUAGUGGCAAAAGCCUUGGGGGGGAAACGGUUAUGUUGAGGAAUGGGGGAAACGUGGCCAGAUCCUGUUGAACCACUGGACCAUUAGCUUCAUCAUCCCUGACCAUUGGACACACUGGCUGGAGUUGAUGGGAGCUGUAGUCAUAAUCUAGAGGGCCACAGGUUCUCUCUACCCUUGGCACGUGGUCUUCAAGGCAAAUGACUUCUUAACUUUCUAUUAUUCGGUAGUGGUAGGAUAAUAAUGUGCCCAGUUUUUCUCUACGUGGGUUGAUGCCUUUGAAACAACCUUCUGUGUUAAGGUAGGUGAAGACUCGCUUUAUAAUCCAGAUCUUUGGGGAGGAGGAGGGAGGUAAUAUUGGAGGUUUCCUAUGUUUGGUUUGAUGCUGUUGCCUUCUGAGUUUUUAUCUGUUUGUUUGUUUUGCUUGUUAAUUGUUACAUUUGAUUUUGAAGUUUAUGGGUUUCCACCCUGGGGACACUUUGAGUGAAGGGUAGAUUAGAAAUAUUGUAAGUAAAUUACAGUAUAUAUACAUAUUCUUGAGUAUUCCAAGAGGCUUGUAUAAUCAGAGACGUGUUCGUUAGAUUCCUAACUGAACAGUAGUUCCUAUAACCAGUUGGACCUACUGCCUCUCUGUGUUACAGCAAAACCUUUCACUCUCUGCUAGUUUGUGGCUAAUUUUCACCAUGUCCGUGAGAUCUUGCUACUAGCGCAGGAUCUGGUCCUCAGACCUGGGGGAUUCCAGGUGCACAGAUCCUUUGCUCAUUUAAUAUUGAUUUUUUUAAAAUUAAAAAAAAAGCGACUCCCAGCUUUAAUGCUUUCAUUUAAUGUUUCUUUAAGAAAUCAAUUGGCAUUUCCAAACUUUACCUUCCCAUCUGCAAAGUGGGAAUAGAAUUGUGGGUAGCUGUUUUAUCGCCCAUUCUGAGCAUUGCGGAUAGAAGAGUUAGUAUGCAGAAAAACAAGAUUUACUGGAUAAAGAGCUUCAAGCUCCCUCUUCAGAGUGCUUUCAGCUCCCUGCUUUUGGACUGUUUCCUUCCUUCUAUUGUUCGGAUAUGGAGAUUAUUUUUCAGAGCUGGUAAAAUGGGGAGAAAAACACCUGCCUGGAUGAAUGCAAGACUCUACCUAAAGAAGAGGGAAGCAUGGAUUUUAAUGAAUGCAGAUGGCUUCUUCCCCUCCCCAUGCUUUCUGAUUGAAUCCAGCUACUGGUAGCUAAUGGCACUACGGUAGACUCUCAUUAUUACCUGUAAAAUAUAUUCUCCAAAAGGGAGGCGAGUGAAGUAGUUGUCAGGAGUGCCGUUAAUGUAUAGUCCUCAUUUAGGCUUGCAGGAUGGGGGAAGAGUCUUCAAUUACCCUGACAUUCUCUGCAGCAGAGUACUGCUGCAUGAUGAUGUUUUAAAGCACACUGUCUCUUUCCUGAGCUGGCUUUGCUCUCUACCUGAAUGAUGGCUGGCAGUGAAGAAUUCUGAUUUCAGUGUCGGAGAUGGGCCGAAGGAGCACAAUUCAAUGCUGACAUUUCUCUGUAAAGAUUUGCCUUAUGUCCCUCCUUGAGGGGUUGCUCAGGCGGAGGGCAUACCAGCAGUUGCAAUGGGAAGCUGUGUUGCAUGGUAAUGUUUCAGAGACAUUCUCGGACUGGAACGAUGCUCUUCUGAGCCUCCCCCCCUCUCCAACAGCAUUAUAUCUUGGUGUGCUGUGUUUCCCCUGGAGCUGUGGAAGUGCCAUGUUGUGACUUGUGCAGAUAAAAUAUAAAAAAAUAUAAAAAUGACCUUCAUAUGGCUUAUUCGAACCCGUGUCUAUCUCACCUCCUAUUCUGGCAAUCUAAGCAUUAUACCACACUGACUGUGAUUUACUGAAUGCUUAGCUUCCCCCCAAGUCUGAAAUCCUAAACAUACUUACCAGGAUGUAAGUAUCAUUGAAUUUGGUGCAUCAGAGGCUCAGACAAGCGCUCUGCAUCCCUUCUACAUCUGUAAAAUGGGUGCAUUGGCGCCAGAUGUUGUCUGAUGGAUUGCAAGUUAAAGCUUGCAAAGUUGUUUUAUUGUGAUGAACUCCUAUAUAAAUACGUGUGUGUGUGCGCGCAAAAAAUGUCCCAAGUUAAAACAUCUGCAGACCCAGUGAAUAAUGGUGCGGCUUUGAGAAUGAAUGAAGAGACUUAGCAGGCUAAAUUUAGGUAAUAGGCUUGAUCAGAUCACAGUCAGUUGUGACCUCCCCAGUGUCCCUUUGCAGUAGAGUUUACAGUAGCAGCUCCUUUAGCUGACUGGAGCCUUUCGGAGUGCAAAGCUUCUUUUUGCAACGUGCUAUUUUGAGUGCAAGCAUUUUGCGCGUUAAGCGCCUGUCCUCUCCUCCUCCCAGUCAUUGCCACCAGCAGCCUUCCUUCAUGUCCAUAGCUGUGUCUCUAUGUAUUUGCUUUCUAAGAGGUUUCCUUGCAGUUCAGGAGAACAGCGGUCUGCUUUCUGUCCAUCCCGCCCCUUUCCCCGGCCUUCCUCUGGUGUAAAGUGAGAAAGAGGUCAGAUGAUCUGUGGGUCAGUUUUGAAACCCUCUUUUGCUGUAGAAAGCCGCUGUGUGUGCUUAGUGUGGUUCUGUGAUCAAAAUGUCAAGCCUUGGAACGGCUCCUGUUUUCAGGUAAAACACCGUUCCUGUUUUUUUUUUAAAUUUAUUUGUGGGGGUGAAGGAAGAACACAGAGUUCAGUGGGAUUAAUUCCAAAGUAGGUGGUUUAAGAUUAUGGCUAUGUUUACUCACUGUGGGAAGGAGGAGGUGUGGCAAAACCUCCACUUUUACCAAAGACUGCAGUUCUAUGCACACUUCCCUCUGAGCAAGCAUUUAUAUGAUCAGGCUGCAUAAUAUUUUAAACAAAAUGGCUAUGGACAGCUUACAAGGAAAGAGAGGGAAGGAGCCAGCUGGAAAUAAAGAGAAAGGAAGAAACCUCAGACAUACACCAACAUGAAGUGUUUCUCAAUUCCUAAUACUGCGUAUUGGGGCUGUUGACUAUAAGACUUUGGUUGUGAGAACCGGGAUGCUACAGCUUGUACAAUGAAGAGAGAAAUUUGCUCCGCAUCCAAGCAAAAGAGAGGAGGAAUCAGGAAGCUCACCAGGAGAAAGAAUCAUUCCCUGCUGAUAUCCCUCUCUUUGGAGAACCUUACAAGAACAACAAAGCAGAUGAGCUAUCCAGCCGGAUUCAGAAGAUGUUUGGCAAUUACGAAGAGAUGAAGGAGCUUAUCGCCAUCAAGUCUCAGCAAGAUUUCAUAGGGAUCCCCACAAGCGUCAUGUCUCUGAUCCCUCAGCGCAAGCCAGAUCGCCCACUCUUGCCUGAAAAGACCAGCAGCGUGGUACCUGCCUCAUUCCAGAACGGUAGCCAUCACCGCAAGCCAGUGGGACCCAUUGCUUCAGGUGCUCCCCCUGCGGGCAGCUCUCUGCACCACCCGAAAAUUCACUCAAGGAUAGAACUGGCCUCGCAAAGCAGUGGGCUGCCCAGCAACCAGAGGCGAAGUCAAGAGCAGAGCCGCAAGACUCAAGAAGGCCAGAACAGCAGAAGCCAGAAGAAGAAUGAAAGAUGCAUUGAAGAAGCCCGCAAGCUGCAGCCCUCCCUUUUGGAACUUUCUCCCUUGCUGUCCUCGUUGUCUUCCCCCGUAGCACCCUUGUCACCUCUACAUUCCAGCCAACGUGUCAAUUCCAGGCCUCUUGGCAGCAUCAACAAAAAUCACGGGCAGAAUAGCUCCCCUUCUCUGGAGCUGGUGGCUGGAACCCGUGAGAAUGAAACCCAGGACAGCUUGAAUGCUCCUGUAGCCGUCGCUGCCCAGCCUUCCUCCCAGACUUUCCCCGCGUCGUUGUCUUCAAAAACCAGUGCAAUACAGCAGAAACCGACUGCCUACGUGAGGCCAAUGGAUGGUCAAGAUCAAGCUCCGGACGAGUCGCCAGAGCUCAAGCCGCUUCCUGAGGAAUACCACGAACAAUCCUACGGGAAAAUAGCAAACGUGAAAGCAAAUGUCAAGCCCAACUUGCCCAGCUUGCCCAAAUUGAAAAUACCCGUUGAAGCGACUGAGCAAUCGUUCUCCAAUGAAGUCCAUUGUGUUGAAGAAAUUUUAAAGGAAAUGACCCAUUCAUGGCCACCUCCUUUGACAGCCAUCCAUACUCCUAGCACAGCUGAGCCUUCAAAGUUUCCUUUCCCUGCAAAGGAAACCCAGCAUGGUGGAUCAGUCAUACAGAGCCAGAAACAGUAUGAUGCACCUUCUAAGACGUCUAUUUCUCAGCAAGGAAAAUCAAUGCUACAUGAAGAUCUUGAGAUCAGCGAUAGUGACGAGGGUGACGAUGACCAAGUCAGUGUUUCUGAUAAGCCGUCUUCCUCAUCCACUCCUCCAAGUGCCCCACAAUCACAGCCUGAGAGUGUGGCAUUAGCACAUUCCAGCAGUCCAGAGUCUGGGAGCACAAGCGACUCGGACAGUUCCUCUGACUCUGAGAGUGAGAGCAGCUCCAGUGAAAGUGAAGCAAAUGAUCCCCCAACAAGAGCAUCCACACCUGAGCCCGAUCCACAGACAUCCAACAGAUGGCAGCUGAACAACUGGCUGAUCAAGGUGAACCAGCCGGUGUCUCCCACCGAGAAUUUCCUUGAGGAUGACCGCAGCAGGGGGAGUCUCCAGGAAGGCAAGGGGCAAGGGAAAAGUUGCAGCGGCGGCAGCAGCAAAAGGGAAUGCUCACAACCAACAGAUGGACACUCGAAAACUGCCAGCAAAGCACCUCGGUCAGCUCAAGAGGUACACCUCCCUACCAAGCGCAGCUACCAGAAGUCUCUGGUGCACACAGAGGAACCCCAAUUCCACCAGGUCGUGGGCAGUAAGCAGCCCAGGAAGUCCAGCAAAGUCGCAGCACCGGAGGAGCCGAAGAGAGGCCUGACAGUAGAGAGUGAGCCGCCCGGUCUGUAUGGAGCGAAGGACCAGUCUUCCAAAGACAAGCCCAAGGUGAAAACGAAAGGGCGGCUGAAGCUUGGCGACAAGAAGGAACUGAAGCUGGCAGUGCCAGAGCCCUCCGAGAAGAAAAAGCACAAGAGCUCACACCAGGCCACUGUUAAAUUGUUCUCGGACCAGGGUGCUGCAAAAGACAGUGCGGUUGGCAGUGCCCUGGAGCUGUUGCCCCUCAGCCCUUUGAGCCAGAGCCCCAGGGUUCCCGCCACCGGCAGAACUAGCGGCACGAAACCAGCUGUUGUGGUAAGAGAGGACAAGGACAGGUUUCUCUUGCCUAUCAGGGAUAAGAAGUUGCUGUCGCCCUUGAGGGAUUGCCCGGUCCCUCCGUCGCUUGUGGUUAAAAUUGAGCUCGCUCUCCUCUCGCGGGUCCCACAUCCACCCAGGAAGGGAGGGGACUGCCCCAAAAGACUGGAGGUCAGAGAGAGCCACAGCAUGAAGAAGCAGGAUGCAGACAAGAAGAGUGUGGAUGCGCCAAGCAAGUCUGUCAAAAAGAGAAAGCAGGAAGAUUCUCUGAGAAAUGAUCAGAAAAAAGUCAAGAUGGAUAGAGAAACCAAAUCACCCCCAUUAUCAGGUCACAAAGACUCCAGUAAAAACAAGAUUUCAAAGCCAUCAGUAGAGACACAAAGAAAAGAGAUGCCAUUGCCGCCACCGCUGCCGGCUCCGCCGCCGCCGCCGCCGCCGUUGUCUCCUGCGCAGAAACCAGCCAAGAUGGCCCAGAAGAGGCCAAAGAAUGAAAGCGGUGCCUGCAGCCAGCCUCCUGGCCUCAGUAUCAGCACUGCCAAGAGCAAGGAAAGCCACAAGGAUUCUUCAUCCUCCAAGCACAGGAAACUGGAGGGGAAGCCUUCCGAAAGCUCAAAAAGCAACAAAAGACCUGCAGACGAUGUUCCAAAUCCUUUCCCAGUGCCUUCUUUGCCAAAUGGUACCUCCAAGCCAGCAAAACCUCAGGGCAAGCCCCACAAACAACAUCCAGUGGAAUUUCACUUAAACGAGGCCAAAAGGUUGAGGCACAAAGCCGACACAAUGACAGAUGACAUUGGAAAGGCCUUCAAGUACUUGGAUGCUGGCCUGUCCUUGAUUGAGUGUGGCAUUGCCAUGGAAUCUGAUCCCCUCUCACCAAAGCCAGCCUAUAGCAUGUUCGCAGAGACCAUAGACCUCAUCAAAUACAUAAUGACAUUAAAAUACUUUGCGGACUCUUCAACAAACACGCAUGAAAAAAUCUUCAUUGUUUUUUGCAUGCGCUGCCAAGCCAUUCUGUACAUGGCAAUGUUUCGCUACAAGAAGGACACAGCAAUAAAGUAUUCCCGGGCCCUUAUUGAACACUUCAAGAGUUCUUCUAGAAUUACACAAGCACCUUCUCCGUGUGUUGCCAGGAGCAUAGGCACACCGUCCCCUCUCUCCCCGAUGCCCUCUCCAGCCGGCUCUGUGAGCUCCCAGACAGGUUCCAACGCCAACAGCUGUGGAAGCGGAAGCAUUGGCUCCUCGGUCAACGUUCCUCACUUUAUCCCAACCAUCACUUCUUCCUUUGUUGGCAUCACUUCUUAUAUUCUCUAUGCCUACGAUUUCUGGGAACAAGCUGAUGUUUUGGCCAGGAAGAAUAAGAAGUUUUUCUCCGAGCUCAGUGCUGCCGCCUGUCCUCUCUCGCUGAACAGCAGUAUGAUCGAACUGGUACACUACACCCGCCAGGGUUUGCAGUGGCUGAGACUGCAAGCAAGUACGCCUUAGCUGGUGACCCUUCGAGGCGAGAGACCCUUGCCUUGGACUCUUUGCACUUUGGAAAGCCUCCGAAAACAGCCUGGUUGGCUGGCUUGUUGGGAUUUAUAAGCACCUGGAACAAGGAAGGAUGGAGCUUGGUGGAAGGGCAUCUGGCGCCACUGGAAAACUUUAAGGACUAUAUUUGCUACGGUGCCAAUAGGCCACCUGGAAGAUAAGAAGUGGAGAAGAGGCCUCAAAAGUGGAGGGUGCCUGCCUGCCUUUUUUUCUUUUUUUCAAAGGACAAAGUGCAAUGUUCUCUUUUUUCAUUUCUCUUUCCCCCCCUGUCAUGGUUCAAUGUGUCAAUGGUCUAUAAACAUUUCGUUACAUGAAUAACCAGCAGGACAAAAAACAAAACAAAAAAAGUACACACAUGAAGAAGUGCCGGCGAGAAGGAAAACCGUCUCCCAAAGAAUUUUCUGCAACACCUCAAAGGAUGCAACGUCCAUGGGCCCAGCGUAGGCUUCAGAUUUGUUUGCCUCUCUUCUCCCCCCCCCUCUUUUAAAUGUAAACCACAAAAUGCAAUCUGUAGCAUGUAUUCUUGUUCCUGGAGGGCGGGAUGGACAGAGACUCACAAAGGAAGCGGGGUGAUCCAGCAGCACAAGCCCUUCUUUUUAAAUAUGAAAUGGCAAAGCUAUCUCCCCCCCCCCUCUCCACUUGCCAGCCGUAGCUAUUUGUUGCACUACUACCCUCCCCCCCCCCUUUGAUGGGUGGGCAUAUCCAGAUUCUGUAGCUGGCCUGCCCAGCCCCUGCCUCUGCCCUGGUUUCCUUAUUGCCUGUGCUGACAGUAGUGUGCCAGUCCCGGCUGUUGUGGUGUUGCGGCCAUGCGCGUGGGGCAUUGACAAUCUCAUAUGGGAAACAGGAAAUCUGGGGCUGCGUUGUCAGAAGCCUCUUGUGAAUAGAGGACGCACAGUGUAGGUAUGUUUACCCCCUCCCUACGGGGUGGCAAGGUGGGGUGUGUGGGCUGGCUUCCCCUCCCCUCCAAAUUUAGUUGAGCAAUACUGCACUAAUGAAUUGAACUGGAAUUGCUUGCAACCACUGUCUUCAGUACUUUAAAAAAAAACGCCGUUCUUUCAGUUCCCCUGUAGUCCACACAGUGGACGCACUUGACGUUUCAGCAAAGAGGUUUGGUCUUGGUCUUACAGGGCAAGCACAGUUCAUGGUGGCUCUUUUGCACAAGCAAGAAUCUGAGGAGUCCCUGGCUAACACAGGAGAAGAAGAGCUUCUCCUCUUGAGGGCAGUCAAAAGGGCUCAUACUGGCUGUAGCAAGAUUAUUUUUCAGUUUUCGAUCCUUAAAGCAGAAGGAACUUUGUAGCAUGCCAUCUCACCUCAAGACGGUCUCUGAAAUGGCUGGUUCGGUUUUUGUUUGCACUGGUUAUUGAUGCCCAACUUCCAUUUCUCCUGGCAAGUACGACACCUGACCGUAAGAUUUGGCAUAACCCCUUCCUUUUAAAUAUCGCCCCAUUUCCUCAACAGUAACCUAUCGGUUUGGCCAACUUUCAACCCCUAGCCACGUUCAAGGAGAGUAAAUGGCAAUUGUCUUAGAUUUGCAAGCAUAUCCUCGUGUGUCUUUAUAAAAAAGUCCCAACUGAAGAGAGGGGCUUCAGGACUGUAGCACCUCUGGCCUAUUUACUGCACUCUGUUUAGUCUAAAACUCAUUAAAGACCCAUUUUUCUGUUCUCCCAACUUGUGCCUUAACUGUCCCAUUUGCUCCUGUCAUCACCUGGCUUUAUGACAGAGCAGUGGGAAUCUCUUCCAAAUAACUGUGCUUGAGUGCGGCAUCACAGUUUCCUUUGCAGCUGACUCCCGAUAUUAAAAUGUCAAGUCUGACAUUCUCACAUGUUUGUCCCAUAUAAAAACUGCCCUGCAGCAUUGAAGCAGUAUUCCUGUUUAGAAGGACCUGUUAUGUACUUUUGGGUUUCCUAAAAUGUCAAUGGACCUCAUAGCUUCUGUGAUUCAGUAGUAGGAUGUAUUCCUGCAGCUCCUCUGGGAACACAGCCCUGCAAAAGGUCAGCAUGAGGAAGCCGGUCUCAUGGAAAGUUGAAGCCUUAGUUGAUUUCAGGGAAAAGCCACUUUCUUCAAUGGGGAGCAACUUCCAUAUUUUCAUCCCAGCGUAAUGUUGCUCCUUAGGGUUGAACUAGACUUGGGGCAGACGGCCAGGACCUUCAUUGAAGUGCGGCAGAAUAGUCCAUGGAGGGCACAACUUGUCUGGCACCCUGCUUUCUUGGUGCAAUGCAGCCGGAGGAGGGAAGGGUUUAGCAAUGUCCCAUGCCUGCCCCACCCCGGCUCUUAACACUCCCCUGCCCCUCCUCUGCUUUGGGGCUGCUGGGCAGACCCAGGUCACCAAAUUCCAGAGCUUGUGUUGAAUGCUUAUUAGCUCCUUACACGAGCAGGUUCCAAUCAGAAAUGAUGUGGAAAAGGAAAACAAGGCAAGGGAAAAGCAAAUCCAAAUUAUCAGGUGCUUGCCCUUUCCUGGGAAAGGACACACAAAGCAAUUAUGGUUGUGCCCAGGUGUCUUAUCAUAGUAAGCUCUUGGGUCUGGCCAAGAAGCAAAUGCACACUAAUCUCAUUUUGUUUCUCUUUUCCAAAUCAUGUCCCUCUCUUCUGAAUGGUUGACAGCUGUAGUCUCAGGGCUGGCUUUCCCUUCCUUUCUCUGCUCCCCUCCUCCCCACUCCUAGCCAAUUGGCGUCCAACUCGGCCAGCCGCUGCUGCCGUCUGCCUUGUUGCUGCUUUUGCUCUGUUAAAACACACCCUGAGCUUAAGAAUCCCCGGUUGCCAAGGGACCCACUUUUUGACCUGCUUGUUGAGCACUUUAUCCAAGGGGUAGUGACAAUUGGUUGCUGUUUAAUCCAUUUAUGCUGCUGACUUUAUAUUACUGUUUGUGGGGUGAUGCAAAGAUGAGCAGCAAAGAACAUAGGCUUUUUCCUCCUCCUCCAACCAACCAAUGAACAGAAAGAUUCCAAUCUGAUUUGGUCCAGGAAUGUCCUAUUCCAAAAACCAAACAGGAGCACAGCUUCCCUCUUAACGUUCACAGAAGCUAAGCUGAAUUACGUGUGACAUGUUCUGCAAUUUCUUUUUUAUUUUACAUGCAGUUGCAAAGAAGCAGUUGGUCUGUGGGGAAUCACGCUUAGGAAGCUUAUAACCUCUUGACUUUUUUUUUUUAAAAAAAACGUGUUAUUAAAGAAAGAUCAAUUGAAGAAUCAGAGAAAAUGUCAUUUCACCCCCUUUCCAGACUCUGGUACCACAGAUGUUGAUGGAACUGCCAUUGAUUUCAGCCAGGGCCUGGGGCCCAGCCUACCUAAGGAGCAAGAAGUAAAUUUGUUUUGCCAUUUUAAACACAGGUCAAUGGAGCUGUAUACUUAAAGCAGCCUCCUUUCCCAGAUGAUAUUUAUUUAGAAUUAUAAUUAAUGUAUUUAAAUUGCCAAUGUUCUAUAUGUCUAAGAUACCAUUAUUUAAUAAUUUGAAAGUUCCAUUGACACUGGAGAUGUGGACUGAAAGAUUGACGACAAUUUUAUUUUUAAAGGGCGGUAUCCCUUGCCCUCUCCCUCCUUAGUUUCUUUAUAUAUAAAAAAGAACUCUACAUUAAAAUUUAUUAUAGGGUGUUGUCUCUCCCAUUUGUAAAUAACAUUUUUCUGCCCUGUAUAUUGGUGGUAUUUCCAGGUUGAUUUGUUAAAUUUAUGUGGGGUAAUGAAAUAAAUAUUAAAUGAAACAGCAUUUUUCUUGAGAGUCGGCGUGGAAAUAUUUUAAAGCCAUUAACCGUUCCUGUAUUGGUCUCCAAAAACAAAACAAAACGCCACCAGUGAUAUUAUACUGGUAGGGUAGCGAGCUUCUGCACUGAGCAGAAUGCCAGAGCCUCAAUUUUCAAACAGGAGAAUUCUGUAUUGUUGCAAUGCCUGGAUCUCUGAAAAUUCCAGUAACAGCAGCGCUGUCCAGAAAAGACGCCACCAGAAUCCUUCAAGAAAGCCCUGCACAGUUUGCACCCCGCUAAGCUGAAUAGUCCCUGCCCCGGCUACAAACAAAAGCUGACCUGAACUUCCUAUUUUGCUACCUGUCUGCAUUAGCCUCCAGUAUCCUUGGGCAACUGCCAUGGCUCCAAUGGAACUGAUACCUGCAUUGAUGUACUCCUUGGCGGAGUGCCCAGCAUAAAUAACAUUACUUCAGGGCACCAAACAGAGUCCCACUACUGUUUGGGGGGCCCACUGAAGGACCCCGAGGCACAAAGGGGAGCUCUCAGAUGGCACCAUGUUGAAGGCCACAACAAGGUUCUAAUCGGCCCCCUUAUGUCACCAGGUAGCCCCAAAGACCUGGAGGCUUUUUGUGGAUUAGAAGGUGCACAUACGUCAUCUGGGGUUUUAUCCCAUAAUUGCAAAUGAAGCUGGUGAUUUUUAGUGACCUUAAUAGUGCAGGGUGGUAACUUCUUGACUUUGCUUAUGAAGUUGCUUUCAGUAUUUCCUUGCUUAAUACUAUUGGAAGCUAAAAACAUGGGUCUCUCUGGCGACUUUGCACUCUUAAAACGCAGAAUAUAAAUCAUGCAUUUUUAUGUUCCUGGCAAUAUAACGGUGGCAGCCUGAAUCCUGGAGUGCAAACUAAAAGCCAGUAGAGCUUGUUGGCUCUCAACUCUUGCAUGGCUUUGGCUGGCAAAACAAAACCACUAUUAUAUUUUACCCUCCACCUUCAGUAUGUAAUAACACUCUCAUUAUGUUUUAAGAUUAUCAUGCUGUAAUGAAGAUGCUGUAAUUUGUCUUCAUAACACUUUCUCUCCCCCCCACCCUGGUAUUGUAAGGCCACUAAAACCUGGAGCUUCUUAAUCUAGCCCAGCGGCAUUCUCAUUUCACUAGCCCCUCACCCAUUUUUAUUUCUUGUCCUAAGAAAGGUACUAGCAUAUUCUUACUCUGACGGACACCCCCAACGUCUGUGAAAUGCUACUUGUAGAAAAACAUAUUAUGCUAAGGAUGGGUACAACUCAAAAGGGUAGUUCUCCUAAACACUGAAUUUUGAUGUGCUCCCCUUCAUUUCACAGGGGCUGGUGCAAGAGACAGCCCCUCUGCACCAUGCCUUAAAACACUUAAGCAUGGAGGUACUGGAGGUACUGUAAAACAUUCAUAGCUCCCUUGUAGAUCCAUUUAGACACAGAAGCAGUCAAAGAAAGACAACUUUAAAAUUCUUAAAAGAAAUAGCAAAAUAAAUAAAAACAACAGAACUGGAAACAACAUACAAGAACAGUAUUAAAAAAAGGUAAAGCCAUAUGUAGAGUCAAAAGGGGUGGGGAACGCUACCCCUUGACCAGUGUCUGAAGAUCAGGAGGAAGUAGAGGACAAUAUGAGACUCCUCACCCUGAGCACAAAGUUCCCUAACCUUGGAACCAACAGGGCCCUGUCUUGGCUGACUCCACCGUAACACCCAUAGUGACAAGAGCUAAAGUUGGAUCUCCCAGCAGAUCUUCAGUAUCCUGCACUGCGAAAUUCUAACAGGUAUUUUCCUACAUAACACACUUCUGUUUUCAAAGUUUGCCCAUAAAACCCCUGGUUGAUAAAAUAGCUUUCAUGUUCGUUUCUUGCGUUUUUGUACUACCUUUCCCUCCAAGCGGAAGGCGGUGUUCGUGGUUCCCCCCUCUCCUGUUUUAUCCUCACAACAAGCCUGUGAGGUAGGUUAAGCUGAGAAACUGUGACUGGACCAUGUUCACCCGGUGAGCUUCAUGGCUGAGUUGGGAUUUGGACUCUGGUUUCCCAGAUUGUAAUCCAACAUUAACCAUUGAUCCACAAGGCUAGGAAGAGGAUCAGACCAGAAACCCUCCUACUAACUAGAGCAGGCAUCCCCAAACUUCGGCCCUCCAGAUGU